ACUCCUAGCUCGAAGUGAUCAACCCGCCUCGCCCCCCAGAGUGCCGGGACCACAGGCGUGAGCCACCACGUCCAGCCCCCACAUUGCUUCUGGCCUCCGUGGUAGACCUCCCAGAUGGAGCGGCCGGGCAGAGGCGCUCCUCACUUCUUCCCAGACACGGGGCGGCCGGGCAGAGGCGCUCCUCACUUCCCAGACGAUGGGUGGCCGGGCAGAGGCGCUCCUCACUUCCCAGACAAUGGGUGGCCGGGCAGAGGCGCUCCUCACCUCCCAGACGAUGGGUGGCCGGGCAGAGACGCUCCCCACCUCCCAGAUGGGGCAGCGGCCGGGCAGGGGCUGCAAUCCCAGCACCCUGGCAGGCCAAGGCAGGCGGCUGGGAGGCGGAGGCUGCCGCGAGGCCAGACCACGCCACCGCACUCCAGCCCGGGCAACACCGAGCACCGGACUCAACAGGAAGACGCCUUCGCUGCCCAGUGCAAAGGUUAUGGAGAGGACGCAAGGCCCCAGGGUUCCCCUGUCCCAGGAGCAUAAACCCUGGAUUUUUGCUUCCAGAAACAACCACCUCUAGGAUGAGGAUGGCUCUCAAUUCCCCAAAGCCUGUGCGCUCACCCCACAAAGGUGGCGUCUUCAGCAGUGGGGAAGGGGCUGCACUGCACCAGCCUCACCCUGGCCACUGUCUGCCCUCAUGACACAGAGCCCGGCUAGGUCCCCAAGCAGAGCAGUGCAGAGUCCAGCCCCGGUCCCGGUCCUGGGCUCCAGGCAUCCUGGCCACCCCCACCUGCCCCCACCAGCUGCCUCCAUCCCUCAGCCCCUGCUUCCCUCCUUCCCAGCUCAGGAUGUCUUAGCUCCUUACAUGUCCCCAUCAUCUGUCUCCUCAAGGGGAGUGCAGCCCAAGGGCAGGGAACUUGGUCAGUCUAUGUGUCUCCAGUGUCUGGGAGAGAUUAGAAGCUCAACACAUACUUGCCCAGUGUCUGUGUGCAUUUCACCAAGCAGAAGACAGCUUUGGAAAUGAGAAGAGACCCUCCUGAGGCAACAGUCCUUAGCUGCCACUUCUCAGGUAUUCUCGAUGUGCCAGGCACUAAGCUGGACCAUGGACAUGCGAGCUCUGGAACGCGUGAGGUGCUGUCACUCAUGCACAGUGGGGGAGCCACAUCCUGGAAGAGUGGCCGAAGACAGCUCCUCUUCUGUCAGAGCCAGGCAGGCGCCGAAGUAGCCACAUGGCCCCGUCAGAAGACCCCAGGGACUGGAGAGCCGACCUCAAAGGCACCAUCUGUGAGACGGGCCUGGAGACCAGCUCCGGUGGGAAGCUGGCCGGGCAUCAGAAGACCGUCCCCACGGCUCACCUGACUUUUGUUAUUGACUGCACCCAUGGGAAGCAGCUCUCCCUGGCAGCAACCCCAUCACCACCCCAAGCCCCCAGUCCCAAUCGAGGGUUUGUCACCCCACCAAUGAAGACCUACAUCGUGUUCUGUGGGGAAAACUGGCCCCAUCUGACUCGGGUGACCCCCAUGGGUGGGGGAUGCCUUGCCCAGGCCAGGGCCACCCUGCCGCUCUGCAGAGGGGCUGUGGCCUCAGCUUCCUUCCCGGUCAGCCCACUCUGCCCCCAGGAGGUUCCUGAGGCUAAGGGAAAACCCGUGAAGGCUGCACCUGUGAGGUCUUCAACUUGGGGAACAGUCAAGGACUCGCUGAAAGCCCUCUCCUCUUGUGUCUGUGGGCAGGCCGAUUAGCUGGAAGGGCCAAGCUCUGAUGCCCAGAGGCUGCAAUUCCCAGGGCCUGGCCCUGCUUCCCCAGCCAAGCGGGAGUCUUUUGUGCUUGAGCCCAGGAAAGAUCAUUAGAUCCGCUAAGGGGCAUCUGAAACAUCCGUCGCGUGGCAGAGGCAGGAUAAGGCACCUGCACAUGAAGAGACUCAUUUAUUAAUACAGCAAAUAUUACUGGUACAUCUUCCACAUGCCAGGCCCUGCAAAGUGCUGGGGAGAUACCAUGGUUUUCUUGGAGCUGGUAUUUUUGGGGUGGAGGGAACCCACCCCAAAUAAAUAAAGUAACCCAAUAAAUAAAGAAGAUGAUUUUGAACAGUGACGAAUGCUCUGCAGGAACUGAAACAGGAUGCUAGAUGGAGAGUGAUUGGGGUGAAGACCUUUCCUGAUGCAGUGCUUGGGAAGGGCCUCUCUGCGCAGGCAACAAAGUGUGAUCU